AUGGACUACGAACAUCAAUCCAUCUCACUGGCGACUUGGUUGCCCGACUACGAAAACGACGAUUCUCGCUGGCAGGCCGUGAAAGCCCGCGAUAUUCGUGCGGACGGCUGCUUUGUCUCGGCCGUGAGAGCAACAAAGGUCUAUUGUCGACCAGUUUGCAAAUCGAGACUGCCUCUUCGCCGCAAUGUUUUAUUUUACAGAACUGGUCAACAAGCGCAGUCUGCAGGUUACCGUGCCUGCAAACGGUGUAAACCUCAGCUAGAUGGGCUCAUGCCGGAAGAAAAGUCUGUGCAGAAAAUUCGAGAGUUCUUGCGGGAGUGGGAAAGUGCCGUGAUCAGCGACGAAAGUCUUUGCCAGCUGAGCUUGGGCCAAAUGGCGAAACAGGCCAAUAUGUCGAAAUGGUAUUUUCAUCGACUAUUCAAGAAGUGCGUCGGCAUGACGCCCGUGCAGUACCUCAGAAGCCGGCGGAACAUCAUGCAGCUCCAAAAUCAGGACCUGAGCUUCCUUGAUCAACUUCUCCCGUGUGUCAUCGAUUGGCCCCAGCUUACGGAUACGUUUGCGGAUAACGGAGAUGUUACUUUGGAAAAGCUUUUGAAAGUCACGGAGGACAAUCGAUUCGUUGACGGCUGCUUCUUCUCGCCUGAGUUGGCGGCGAUGAUAUGA